AUGCCAAUAGUUGCUUGCAUUUUUAGCUUUUCGGAUCUGGAAAGCUCGUCCGUUGAAGAUCUUUUGGCCAUCGAAACUCGUCCAAGUUCAGUUAAUCGUAAAUCGGUGACUUUUAGCGACCAGAUUGACAUAGAAGAGACAUCGCCAGAUAUGCAAAAGAAAUCUAUAUCACCAAAUCCUACAUCACCAAAUCCUACGCUAACCAUCAAGCCGAUUUUGAAAAAAGAGGAUAAACAGAGGGAAACGUGA